AUGUUUUCUCGAGGAGAUCACGAUCAUGCAUUCACAACAAACAUUGAAGAUUAUUUUAAAAACGAAGAGUUAUUACAAACAAGAAAGGGCGCAGUGGAACUAUGUCAAGCCAUAAGAGAAGUUCGAUUGAUAAAACGCAAUUUUGAUGCACAACAAGAACUGUUUAGUUUAAUGUACAAAGCUCCUUUUUCAUCCGUUUUGGAUUUUUCUGCAGAUGAAAUAGCAAGCUACAUAAACUCGUCAGACGAAACAUUACAAUUACUGGCAAUUCACAUUUACAAAAAAUUAGAUCGAGAAAGAAAUUCUAUAAAGUGUAUGAUAAAAGGUGGCAUCGUAUCACGCUGCGUUGAAUUGUUAGACAGCGACAACAUCUACUUGCAAUAUGAAGUAACAUCUUUAUUAAUUACUAUUACUUCGAGUUUAUCCGAAGGAUCGAAGAAUUUUAUAAAAUAUGAAGCAAUACCAAAGUUAAUAAAGUUACUUAAGUCUACAUCUUCAAUUGUUGUGGAACAAGCAGUGUAUGUCUUAGGAAAUAUAAUUGAUAUUCCCUAUGCAUGUGACCUUGCUCUUAAAUAUGAUGCUCUAUCUCUUUUAGUUGAUUUAAUUAAACCUGAUAUUUCAGUGACAUUCAUGGACAAUAUCUCAUGGGUUUUAUCUAAUUUAUGUCAAAGGAAUCCACCUUUAAAUCUCGAAUUGAUUAGACCUGUUUUACCAGUUUUUGAUCGUCUGCUUAAUAGUGAAAAUAACUACAUGAUCUCCGAUACCUGCCGGAUACUUUCUUAUCUUACUGAUGGAGCCAACAAUAAUGUACAAGCGAUAAUGGAAAUUGGUUUUCUACCGAAAAUUUUAGAUUGUUUGAUGUCGAGGUUAAAAAAAAUCUUUACUCCAGCAUUGCUCAUCGUAAGAAAUAUAGUGGAAAUUGGUGAUGAUGCUCAAAGGGAUGCUGUCAUCUCUGCGGGAGGAAUGUCGCGUCUUCGUAGUUUGUAUUGGUAUUAUGUUUACAAGAAAGACAAUAUUGCAAAGGAAACUAUUUGGUUAAUUUAUAAAGUGGCAAGCAAUACGGACCAAAUCCAAAGUGUAAUAGAUGCUGAUCUGUUACCAGUAAUGAUAAACGAAAUCCUAUUUGGAAAAGCAAAAAUAAUAGCCGUAUAUGCUGUAACUACUAUGAUAACGAGAGCAACAGUUCAACAGUUUACUCAGUUUGUGAAUGCUGGUAUAUUACCAGCUCUUUGUAAUUUACUUCCUUCAAAUAAUGAUAACAAUAUUAUUAAUGUCUUAAUUGGUCUGACUAAAAUCUUGCAUGCUGCAAAGAAAAUAGGACAAGUAGAAAGUCUUGCCAUUAUGAUAAAAAAAAUUGGAGGAUUAGAUAAAAUAGAAGCUCUUCAACACCAUAAGAAUGAGAUAAUUUAUAAAAAAUCUUUGGCCAUAAUAAAUGCGUUUUUUUCUAAAGAGGCGGAGCCAGAACUUCCAAGUUUAUCGACAGAAGCUGUUAUUCCAUCUCCUCUUUCUUCUCUUUCUGUAGAUACAACUGUACAUAAAAUUGUACAAGACCUGACACAAUCGUCAGACGAAGUAUUACAUAUACUAGCAAUUGAAGUUUAUAGCGAAUUAUUUAAUUCAAAAACAAAUCCUUCUGUAAGUGAUACCUUAAAAAAUGAUGUAUUAUCACGCUGUAUUGAGCUCUUAGAUAGCGACAAUCCUGUCUUGCAACUUGAAUUAAUAUCCUUGUUAAUUGCUGUAACUUUGGAUACAUUUUCCAAAAAAGCACAGUAUGUUAUAAAAAAUGGACUAAUAUCAAAAUUAGUGAAGCUACUUAAGUCUGCAUCAUCUAAUGUUGUGGAAAAAGCAGUGCAUGGUUUAGGAAUUAUAAUCGAAGACAGACCAUAUGCACGUGAUCUUGCUCUUGAACAAAAUGCUCUACCUUCUUUGGUCGAAUUAAUUAAACCUGAUACCCCAGUAGGAUCUAUGUGCAACACUGUAAGGACUUUAAGUUAUUUAUGUAAAAAAUUGAAUUCAGCUUUAUCUCUUGAAUUGAUUGAGCCUGUUCUACCAAUACUUAAUUACCUGCUUAAUAAUGAAAAUGAAGUUUUACGUUCCAAUACUUGCAUGAUGCUCUCUUACAUUACUUGUAAAUCCAACGAUAACGUACGAGCGAUAUUGGAAACUGGUAUUUUACCGAAAAUUUUAGAAUGUCUGACAUCGAAGGAGAAAAGUAUCCUUAUUCCAGCGUUGCACAUAGUUGGAAAUAUAAUAGAAAUAGAUGAGGCGUCUGAAUUGGAUGAUUUAGCGAUACAUUUGCCACAUUUUUGUGCCUUGUUACAGAAUCAUCGCGCCAAUGAAGUUAUUGCAGAGAAAAUUGUUUCGAUUAUCUUAGGAAUGAUUAAUAAUAUGGACCAAAUGCAAAAUGUGUUAAAUGCUGGUCUGUUACCACCAGUGAUGGAAAUAUUUAAGUUUAGAAAAGGAAUGGUUCAAAAGAUGGCUGGAUCGAUUUUAAUGGAUUCAAUCUCGUGUACGACAAGUCAACAUCUGAUUGAAUUAAUAAAUGCUGAUGUAUUGUUAGCUUUUUGUAAUUUAUUGGAAGCGAAGGAUUACGAGCAUGUUAUUAAUGCUUUAAAUGGUCUAAAUAAUAUCUGGGAUGUUGCAAAGAAAAUAGGAGAAAGAGAAAGACUUUUUACUAUAAUCAAAGAAGUUGGAGGAUUAGAUAAACUGAAAGCUCUUCAAUAUCAUCAAAAUGAAAUAAUUUAUGAAAAAUCUAUGGUUAUAAUUAGCUUAUUGUUUUCUUAA